CCGGCCCUGUCGCCCCCGCGCGCGCACACUCGCGAGCCCAGGCGACAUGCAAAUGAGCCCGGCUCCAGUGCCCAGACCCAAGCCCCCCACUGCUCAAUGGACACCCCCAGCCCAGACCCGUUGCCUUCGCCUUUGCCGGGGGAGGAAGAGAAACCUCUGGCUUUACCUCCUCCUGUUCCCCGGGGACGCCGAGGCCGGCGUCCCGGGGGGGCCACCUCCUCGAAUCGGACACUCAAGGCCACCCUCCCUCGCAAGCGGGGCCGCCCCACCAAGUCAGGGCAGGAGCCCCCACUGGCACAGGGGGUGACAGCCCCUGUGGGCGGCGGCAGUGGCAGCGACCUCCUGUUGAUCGAUGAUCAGGGUGUGCCCUAUACGGUCUCUGAGGGGUCAGCGGCAGGUUUGCCUGGGGGCUCUGGCCCUAAGAAGGCCCCGCACUUCUGCCCUGUGUGCCUGCGGGCCUUCCCUUACCUCUCCGACCUGGAGCGCCACAGCAUCUCGCACUCAGAGCUGAAGCCCCAUGAGUGCAAGGAUUGCGGCAAGACCUUCAAGCGGUCCAGCCACCUGCGGCGGCACUACAACAUCCAUGCCGGCCUCCGGCCCUUCCGCUGCCCUCUCUGCCCUCGCCGCUUCCGCGAGGCAGGCGAGCUGGCCCACCACCACCGUGUCCACUCUGGGGAACGCCCUUACCAGUGCCCUGUCUGCCGGCUGCGCUUCACGGAGGCCAACACGCUCCGGCGCCAUGCCAAACGCAAGCACCCUGAAGCCAUGGGGGUGCCCCUGUGUUCCCCGGACACAGGGCCCGAACCGCCGUGGGACGACGAGGGCAUUCCAGCUACGGCGGGGGCCGAGGAGGAGGUGGAGGAGCCGGAGGGGAAAGAGCUGGCUUGACCCACACCCUGGGCCACCGCUGCCGAGGUCACAUGUAGAGCUGGGGUCUCGGCUGGUGCUGAGCCUGGGCAGGAAAGCUGGGACACCCUCAAACCUGGUGGUCUUCCUGUUGUGGGAGGGGGUCGAGGGUGAGGACCUAAACUCCUGGGUCCUGCUGCCUUCUGCCACCCUCCCUGGGACUGACAGGCCCCUGGGGGCAGGGACCUUGGAAAUAAAUCUCUGC